AAGCGUAAACCUAAGGCGUCUGGAAGAAAUUACAGACGCAGAAAAAGUAGAACAAGUAGUGCGGUUCGACAGUUCAUGACUUUAACCUGUAAGCUUGGAAAAAACUUGAAUUUAGUUGGGCUCUUGUCAUCAGCAUUGACUACUGUUCAAUAAUAGAUUUUUCCCACAAAUGAAUGACACUAUCAAAGCUGACUGACAUGAUGAAAAAAAACCUAGAUACACGUAUGUGACAUAUUCAUUCAUUGAUGAAUAAGGAAGAAAAAGAAGCAAAACUUGAAUUUUUCAUACGCUUAUGGGAAAACUUGGAAAUUGCACAGCAUUGGAGUUUUCAGAAGCGUAACUUCGGUUUCUACUGAAUCCUCUCAAGAUAAGUUGAUAACUUUAAUUCAACUUCAAAGUUGCAAAAGGAGCCUCGCCUGACUGCAUCAUACAAAGGAAUAGGAAUCAACUUAAAGCUGCUUCAAGAUGGGAUGCGAUAAAACUAUGACCUACCUGAGGGUUAUUGGGACGACAAUGUUUGGGGUCUCGCUGCUCGUGGGGAUCUCCACUGCCUAUAUUAUGGGCUAUCAGUUUUUUACGACUGCACACAACUACUUCUCUUUUGGGCUUUAUGGGGCCAUUUUGGUCACUCAUCUCAUCAUCCAGAGCAUGUUUGCUCUGUUGGAGCACCGCAAGAUGAAACGGUCGCUUGAGACACCCAUCAAACUAAACAAGUCGCUUGCCCUCGCAAUCGCCGCCUACCAGGAGGACCCCAACUACCUGCGAAAAUGCUUGAUCUCAGUCAAGCGGUUGACUUACCCGGGGAUAAAGGUGAUCAUGGUUAUUGAUGGGAAUAACGAUGAUGACAACUACAUGAUGGAGAUCUUUCGGGACGUCAUGGGCAGGGACAAGGCCGUCACAUAUGUCUGGAAAAGCAACUACCACCACCGGGGGCCAGAUGAGACUGAUGAGUCAUACUUGGAGAGCCUACAGCAAAUCUCCCGUGUGGUCCUGAACAACAAAUGCAUCUGCAUCAUGCAAAAGUGGGGUGGCAAGAGAGAAGUAAUGUACACAGCUUUCAAAGCCUUGGGGAGGAGCGUGGACUAUGUGCAGGUGUGUGACUCAGACACCAUGUUGGACCCAGCAUGCUCAGUGGAGAUGGUGAAGGUAUUGGAGGAGGAUCCCAUGGUGGGCGGAGUUGGGGGUGACGUACAGAUACUGAAUAAGUACGAGUCAUGGGUGUCAUUUCUCAGCAGUGUCCGAUACUGGAUGGCCUUCAACAUUGAGAGGGCUUGCCAGUCCUAUUUUGGGUGUGUCCAAUGCAUCAGCGGACCCCUGGGCAUGUACAGGAACUCCCUACUGCACGAGUUCCUGGAGGACUGGUACAACCAGACCUUCAUGGGGAGCCACUGCAGUUUCGGGGACGACCGUCACCUCACUAACCGCGUCCUCAGCCUGGGGUAUGCCACAAAAUAUACUGCCAGGUCCAAGUGCCUGACAGAGACACCCAUCACCUACCUGCGGUGGCUCAACCAGCAGACCAGGUGGAGCAAGUCGUACUUCCGUGAGUGGCUAUACAAUGCCCUGUGGUUCCACAAGCACCACCUGUGGAUGACCUAUGAGGCAGUGAUCACUGGUUUCUUCCCCUUCUUCCUCAUCGCCACUGCCAUCCAGCUAUUCUACCAGGGAAGGAUCUGGAACAUCCUUCUCUUUCUGCUGAUCGUCCAGGCGGUGGCACUCAUCAAGUCCUCCUUCGCUAGCUGUCUCCGGGGCAACAUUGUCAUGGUGUUCAUGUCCUUCUACUCAGUGUUAUACAUGUCCAGUCUACUCCCAGCUAAGAUGUUUGCCAUAGCAACAAUAAACAAGGCCGGGUGGGGGACAUCAGGGAGGAAGACAAUCGUGGUGAACUUCAUAGGGCUUGUACCAAUCUCUGUUUGGUUCUCAAUUCUGUUCAUAGGCAUCAUCUUCACGAUCAUUCAAGAAACAAGAAAACCCUUUCCUGACUCUGAAAAGAUAGUCCUAGUCAUUGGUGCAAUAGCAUAUGCCAGCUACUGGGUCGUGCUGUUGACUCUGUACGGGGUGCUAAUCACCAAGUGUGGCAAGAGAAAGAAGGAACAGCAGUAUGAUAUGGUGCUUGAUGUAUAAUGUCCGUCUGUUACCCUACCCCUUUCCGCCCCCCCCUUCCCCUCCUCCUCAACCCACCCCCUUCCGCCCAACCCACCUCACCCCGCACCCUUACGUUUACAUUGUGAAGAAUCUCAGACUGCUCACUCAUUGGUGGACUCUCGGCAGGCGACAUGAAGUGACGUCGUCAAAAGAGACGAAUCAUUGCUGCUGUGACUGAAACAAAGGAUAUUCCUUUUUUUAAAAAGAUUACGAUGUUCCAAAGUUGAACAAUAUUAUUAUUAUUUGUAUUAUUAUUAUUGUUAUUAUAAUAAUUAUUAUUUUUACAAAUGAAAACCACCAAAAUGGACAUCAUGUUUCUCGAUACGUGGAACUAGCAUGAGUUCUAUUCCUAUGCACUUUUAUGUCUUACUCUCAUUGUGCAUCAUGCUUGACAGAAUAAUAUGAAGAAAAAUACCUCAGUGGUUGUUUGCAUUGUGUGGGUGAUUGGGAUGCAGUCAGAAAAGACUCAUUCUUGUUUCAAGUAAUUUAUAAUCUAUUAUAAACAUGGGUCCUUUUAUAUACAGUUUUAUAAUGAAAGCCAAAGGUGGACUUCUCAGCACAUUGGCCAUGCUGUAGCUGUUGACUGUUACAUUGUAAUUUGUACAUUGUAUUUUUAUUGCCUUUUAUAUAGACACGUUUAUUUUUGUUUUUUGCGUAGUCACCAAAGAGUCUCUAUUUUCAUUCAUUUUUUAUAUAAAAAAGAUAGAUAUGCAAUGUGCAUGAGUAACUGUUACAACAUUGACUUGUGUAUCUGACCAAAAAUGUGAAAUUAUGAAGCUGGGUUUAUGUGUAUGCAAUGAUGACAAUAAAAUGCAAUUCUAGGGAUAAAUUAUUGAUUAACAGGAAGAGUGAUUAACCUGUGUUUUUAAAGAUGGUGUACAUUGAUUGACAACCAGCAUAUUUAUAAGAACAUUCUGUGGUUUAUAGCUUUAUGUACUGGGAUAGUUAUAUUUUGACAUGGUUUUUUCAUCAGCAAGCCAGGGAUACUUCCAGACUUACAUGUAUGUAAAACAGUUUAUCUUCAGUAACAAACAGGUCCUGUUUCUAUCCCAUAAUGCAAACUGUGUAUGUUUGGGAAAUAAUAAAAAUAGAAUGUCAGACUGAAAUGUCAAAGUCAAUAUGCAAAUCCUGCACAGAACCCAAUUUUGCACAAGUUUUAUUACGUCAACAUUUCUGGCAUAGUUUCUUUACUUUGUGUUUAGAAAAAAAAUGUGAUACUAUUAAAAGAACAUGAAAAAAGCAGAACCAGACUACCAGCGGAAUUUGGUUUAGCAUGUUCAGGAAUGCCACAUGGGAAGAACUAAGAAAUGAAAAUAUAAAAGUAUUUCUAUAAUUGUGUUUUGUGCCAAACAUACGUAGGCGGUGUUGAUAUAAAGCACUUUUGUGU